AUGAGCAAGCAGAUUACGUGCAUCAACUUCAACCAGGACUUUUCGUGUGUGGCCAUUGGCACCAACUCGUCCUACAAGAUCUUCAACUGCGAUCCCUUUGGCGAGUGCUUUGAGAAGAACGACGAUGGUGGUGCUACCAUCAUCGAGAUGUUGUUUUCGACGUCGUUGAUUGCGAUUGUGGGCAAUGGGCUGAGUUCCAGCAGCUCCACCAGGAGAUUGAAGAUCAUAAACACCAAGAGAAAAUCCGUUAUCUGUGAGCUAACGUUUCCCUCCACCAUAUUAAAUGUCAAGUUGAACCGAAAGAGAUUGGUUGUGGUUUUGCUUGACCAGAUUUUCAUAUACGAUGUGAGCUGUAUGAAGCUAUUGCACACCAUCGAGACGUCGAAGAAUCUAAGGGGUCUUAUCUCACUAUCUCCUUCAGACAGCUCCAUUUUGGCCUAUCCUGCUCCUGCUUCCACCAACAUAUUGCUUUCUCCCAUCGCCUCUGACCACAAUGACGACCAUGCUUUGAAUCCUGGCAGCAAUAACAAUAACAGCAUCCACAAUAAUCCAACGAACUCCAAUGUUAAUGGUAGUAAUAACAAUUCCAAUAACAGCAAUAAUAGUGGCAGUGGUAGUGGUAACAGCAAUAACGGUAUGAUUAUACUCUUUGAUGCCUUAAACAUUCAACCAAUUAAUAUUAUAUCUGCUCACAAAUCUCCUUUGAUUUCAUUUCAAUUGAAUAAUGAAGGCAAUUUGUUAGCGACAGCUUCGAUAAAGGGAACGAUAAUCAGAGUAUUCAAUGUGCUUCAAAAUAAAAAAAUUUACGAAUUCCGAAGAGGGAUGGCAGGCACACUAAUCCAUUCAAUAAAUUUCAACUAUAAUUCGAAUCUAUUAUGUUGUUCGUCAAAUAAUGAAACUAUUCAUAUUUUCAAAUUAUCCAAUCAUCAAAACAAUGGGGAAUUUAUUAAAAAAUCCAGUGGUCAAAUUCAAAUUCAAAAACAAAAGCAAAAGCAAAAGCACUCUUCGUUAUCAGGCAUGUUUUGGCAGCAUGGCAGAAAUUUGUCAAAAACUCUAAUGAACAACUACCUACCUCCCAAACUAUCCAACAUUUUAGAACCUGUCCGAGAUUUUGCAUAUAUAAAACUACCAAACCAUAAUAGCACUAGCAGCAACUUUAACACCAGCGGCAAUAGCACCACCAACACCAACAAUCACGAAGUGGCUCUAAACCAUAAUAGCAACUAUGUUAUGAUUAUCUGCAAUGAUGGGAACUUCUACAUAUACAAUGUUCCUUUGGAAAAGGGCGGUGAGUGUGUGUUGGUGAAACAGUACUUUGUACUGGAUAACUAG